AUGGAUACGAUUUCAAUGGACGCCUUGGAGACUCUUACCCCAGAGGACAUUUCGAAGGCGAAAAUCCCCGUGGGCCAAAUGAAACUUUUACUUAAGGCAGUCCGCAACACGUUUCGUGCCGUGGACACACCAUCUCCUGUGGCCGCACAACAAACACCGAACACCAGUGCCGAGACCGCCGCCGCUACCUCGACCCCAAACGACCUCGCUACCGCGGUGAACUCGGAGACGUGUGACGACGCUUUCGUCCGCGUGGUGAUGGACCAGAUGAGGGCCAGCCAAGCAAACAUCGCCAAGUCCGUCGUACCAGAGCCCCUACGGAACCAGGAGCUGCCUCCAGAAAUUCAAGUAAAUACCCCUGCCCUAUGCCAUUUUCCGAAUUUCUACUACAUAUGUCACCAGCCUCACUGUCAUUUCUUUUGUCUAGGCACCUCACCGGAAUCUCAAACCCACUCUCUGGAUUCUAGGGUUGUGCACCUGAGGACUAAUGCCUAUGCAGCUUCCACACGUCGUACUUACCUAACAUAUUUACACUCCUUUCUUAAGUUUUGCUCAGACAAUAAUAUUGCACCUGUGCCAAUUUCCUCGGCUAAUCUUGGUAGAUAUAUUGCUCAUUUAUCUCUAAAGUUGUCCUUUAGUUCAUUACGGAAUUACCUGUCAGUUGUUAGAAUUCUGCAUUUAGAAGCAGGAAAACCCAACCCCCUUGAUUCCUAUUACAUUUCAAGCAUUUUAAAAGGGGCCCGGCGGGUGUUAGGGGAAGUCUCCAAACCCAAGUUACCUAUUACAAUUGACAUACUUAAGCAAGUGUUUUCCUGCAUUGACUUGUCUUCCCCGCAUGACAUUUGUUUUUGGGCAGCUUUUCUAGUAGCAUUUUUCUCAUUUUUUAGAAAGUCAAAUCUUUUAGCCCCAUCAUGGGGUCACUUUGACCCUAACAAACACCUGUGUCGUUCCAAUAUCAAGUUUGGUGGUGAUGGGGUUAUCAUUACUGUCCACUGGUCUAAAACCAUUCAGUACAGUCAAAGAUCCUUAGAAAUUCCCCUACCCCUGAUUCCUAAUUCUCCAUUCUGCCCGAGCACAGCCUUAAUGCUGCUGUUUAAAUCUACACCCUGCUCUAUUCAAUCAGUGCCAGCUUUUAUAUUUAGGCAACAAAGUUCUACCAAAUUAAUGACACAUGAUAUUUUUGUUUCACGACUUAGAUUUUUUUUGCACAAACUGGGUUACAACCCUAGUCGUUACUCUGCUCAUAGCUUCAGGAGAGGUGGGGCAUCCUUUGCCUUACAGUGUGGACUGCCUCCUGAUUUAAUUCAAACUCAAGGGGACUGGCGUAGUGAUGUUUAUAAAACCUACCUUGACCCCUCUCUCUCCUUCCGACAACAAGUAGCAACCACCUUAGGACAAGCAAUAGGCAAAGUACUGUAG